GGCCAGCGCCGCGCUCCCGCCCGCGCCUCCCUAACAUGCAGCGGCGGCCGGGGGCCAGCAGCACCGUGCCGGUGAGCCAGCCCGGCCGGCAGACCUCCACUUAGCUGCCCGGCAGGCGUCAGGGAGGGCGAGCGAGGAGGGGGAUUUUUUUUUUCCUUCUACUUUUUUUUUUUUUUUUUUUUUUUUUUUCCGCCUGCCCUGCAGUACGUGCCUGGAUAGUUUGUGGAUAUAAUUACUGACUGGAAUCUGGGCUGUUGCAGUUGCGCGUGGGGGGGGGAGAGAGGAGAAAAGAAAGCAUCCCCCCCUCCGCCGACCCUCCCUGCUCCCCCCCCCACAAUUUUUUUUUUUUUUUUCUUCCCCCUUUGCUGGUGGUUCGGACAUUUAAUGUAUUGAAUGAACUGGAAUUGCUUUCCGUGUGAGGAGGAUGGUUGCUGUUACUUUGUGAUGAGAUCGGGAAUGAAUUGCUCGGUUUAAAAAUGCUGCUUUGGAUUCUGUUGCUGGAGACGUCUCUUUGUUUUGCUGCUGGAAACGUUACAGGGGACGUUUGCAAAGAGAAGAUCUGUGCCUGCAACGAGAUAGAAGGGGAUUUGCACGUAGACUGUGAGAAAAAGGGAUUUACCAGCCUGCAACAUUUCACCGCCCCAACUUCCCAAUUUUAUCAUUUAUUCCUGCAUGGCAAUUCCCUGACUCGACUUUUCCCUAAUGAGUUUGCUAACUUUUACAAUGCGGUCAGUUUGCACAUGGAAAACAACGGUUUGCAUGAGAUUGUUCCUGGGGCUUUCCUUGGGCUGCAGCUGGUGAAACGCUUGCACAUAAACAACAACAAGAUCAAAUCGUUCAGGAAGCAGACUUUCCUGGGGCUGGACGAUCUGGAAUACCUCCAGGCAGAUUUUAAUCUGUUGCGGGAUAUUGACCCGGGAGCAUUUAGGGACUUAAACAAGCUAGAGGUGCUGAUUUUAAAUGACAAUCUCAUCAGCACCUUGCCCCCCAACGUGUUUCAGUAUGUGCCGAUCACCCACCUCGACCUCCGGGGAAACCGUCUUAAAACCUUGCCUUAUGAGGAGGUCCUGGAGCAGAUCCCAGGCAUUGCUGAAAUCCUGCUAGAGGAUAACCCCUGGGACUGCACUUGCGAUCUGCUGUCGUUGAAAGAAUGGCUGGAAAACAUACCUAAAAACGCUUUGAUCGGCAGAGUGAUUUGUGAAGCUCCCACUAGGUUGCAGGGCAAAGAUUUAAAUGAGACCACAGAGCAGGAGCUGUGUAAAAAGAACAGAGUAGAUUCCAGCCUAGCUGCUCCCCCUGCCGAAGAAGAAACCUGCGAUCCUGGUCCCAUUCCAACCCCCUUUAAAAUACAUGGCAAAGAAGACCCUGCCACACCAGGAUCUGCUCCAAACGGAGGUACAAAGAUUCCUGUCAACUGGCAAAUCAAGACCAAACCCACUGCUGCCGUGUCGACAGUGAGUGCGAAGAACAAGCUACCGUCUACCUUUUCCUGCCCGCACAUCUGCAGCUGUGAUCAGAUCCCUGGCUCAGGUUUAAAGGUUAAUUGCAAUGAUAGGAAUGUGAGCAGCUUGGUGGAUUUGAAGCCCAAGCCAUCCAAUGUGCAGGAGCUGUUUCUGAGAGACAACAAAAUACACACCAUCAGGAAAUCACACUUUCUGGAUUACAGAAAACUUAAUUUACUUGAUCUGGGCAACAACAACAUUGCCACCGUGGAGAACAACACCUUCAAGAACCUCUUUGAUCUCCGAUGGCUCUACAUGGAUAGCAACUACUUAGACACCCUGUCCCGGGAGAAAUUCGCUGGGCUGCAAAACCUGGAGUAUCUGAACGUGGAGUUUAAUGGGAUCCAGAUGAUCAUGCCUGGCACCUUCAAUGCCAUGCCCAAACUGAGAGUCCUCAUCCUCAACAACAACCUGCUGAGGUCUCUCCCAGUAGACGUGUUUGCCGGGGUCUCACUUUCCAAGCUGAGCAUACACAACAAUUAUUUCAUGUACCUCCCGGUGGCAGGGGUGCUGGACCAGCUCACCUCCAUCACCCAGAUUGAUCUGCACGGCAACCCAUGGGACUGUACUUGCCCUAUCGUGCCUUUCAAACAGUGGGCAGAGAUGCUGCGCCCCAAGGUGAUUAUGAGUGACCUGAGGUGUGAGUCCCCUGAAGAUUUCUUCAAGGAGGAUUUUGAGUCUCUCUCCAACGAUGUGAUUUGCCCUCAGUUAAAAAUCUCGCCCACAUUAACUUCUACUAACAAAAACAGCACCGGGUUGACAGAGACAGGUACUCACUCCAACUCCUACUUGGAGACCAGCCGGGUCUCUAUUUCGGUGCUAGUGCCAGGGCUUCUGCUGGUUUUUGUGACCUCUGCCUUCACAGUGGUUGGCAUGCUGGUUUUCAUCCUGAGGAACAGAAAGCGGUCCAAGAGGAGGGACGCCAACUCCUCUGCAUCUGAAAUCAACUCCUUGCAGACGGUCUGCGACUCGUCCUACUGGCACAACGGGCCCUACAG